CGAGGUUCUCAGGUUAGCAUAGAACGAAUCCUGUAUACACAGGACUCGGAACCAUACAGGUCCCAGACGUGAGCAAACAUGGAUUGCACUUUCCUAACUCGCUAGGCAAACGUGCCUGCAACGUACCUGACCACACGGUGCGUGUGUUAUCCAACAAAAAAUAUGGCAGAUCGGCGCAGCCUAUUCGCUGAUACUUAGCAGUCACCUUACUACUAGCCACUCGUGGUGAGGGAAACUUUGGUUUUAUGUUUCUCUCAGCCCACGAUGGUCUUCGUACCCCGUUAAUUGCCAUGUCUUGGCGUAUGACUUGUGCUUGGCGGUUCUUUAAAAACCAUGAAUAUUCGUGGAAGGAGAUCAGCCCAUUACAUCUCCUGACUUUGCUCUUUUUGCAUCGUUGUCUCUGUAAAAGAUGGCCCGCGGGUGGUACCUGUAUUCUGUUCUCCUAGCCGUUCUACCUUGGAGCUUUGCCGCACUUGGUCAUGAUUUCCUUGAGCGACGCGCUUUUGCUGAGGGAAACUGGUCUUUACUCCAACAAGGAACCACUGGCGUUAGUGGGAUGCAACUUGCAAUCGUAUCAGAAACCACCGCAAUUAUUUAUGACAAAGUGGAACACAACCCUCUCAACAUUAACGGACAUAUCGCAUGGGCCGCUGAAGUUGAUCUCAAUGCUCUCACUGUACGCGCCUUGAACCCUCUGAGUAAUACUUGGUGUGCAACUGGUAGUUUCCUCGGAAACGGCACCAUGGUCGGCUCUGGUGGAAAUCCCGUCAUGCCCACGAAGCUCUACUUAGGCGCUGACGGCUUGCAAGCCAUCCGGAUGUUCACACCCUGCAAUGAUAAAACCUGUGAUGUUUUCGAAGACCCCGACCACAUUCACUUGACAUCAAACAGGUGGUACGCGUCAUCCGUACGUAUUGAGGAUGGUUCUAUCAUUAUAUACGGGGGUUCUGUCGGCCCAGGAUACAUCAACUCAGACUCCAUAAACAAUCCUACCUACGAGUUCUUCCCACCAAAGAACAUCAACGGGCACAAUGGAGUUCAGAUUCCUAGCCAAUUCCUUCUUGAUACUCUUAACAGCAACCACUUCCCCUUCAUGACUUACCUUCCGGAUGGCACUAUUUUCGUUGCCGCGAACCAGAACGCGAUGAUCUUUAACUGGCAAGCCAACACUGAAACCGCUCUUCCAGGUAUCCCCAACGGCGUUCGCAUCUCUUCGCCGUUCUCGGCAGGUGCCACACUUCUUCCUCUCACUCCUGAAAACAAUUAUACCCCAGAAGUGAUGAUAUGUGGAGGAUCAACAGUUUCUGAUAGCGUGUUGCCAUCGACCGUUUCUUCGCAGACUCCCACGUCCGCCCAGUGUUCCCGACUAGUCCUAAACGCAGCUGGUAUAGCCGCUGGAUGGCAGGUGGAGAGUAUGCCACAGGCUAGGGUUAUGCCAGAAAUGGUUUUGUUACCAGAUGGGAGAAUCGUCAUUGUGAAUGGGGCACAAACUGGUGUCGCAGGGUAUGGGAAUGUCGCCGAUCCUGUUGGUCAAAGCAAUGCCGAUAACCCCGCAUUUACUCCGGUUGUCUAUGAUCCGUCUGCUCCAGCAGGUAGUCGGUUUUCAUCCGCGGGAAUUCCCGCCACGAAUAUCGCUAGGGUAUAUCACUCGACUGUGUCUUUGACACCCAAUGGCACGAUCAUGCUUGCGGGUUCCAACCCAAACGUCGAUGUAACGACUACUAAGUAUCCUACCGAAUACAGGAUGGAGUUCUAUUCACCUCCUUAUAUGGCCAGACCUCGUCCAACCUAUACCGGGCUGCCUGCUACAGUGAACUACGGCGAAGAAUUCACUCUCAACGUUAAUUUACCCUCAUCCGCAACGAAUGUCUCCGUGUCUUUGAUGGAUCUGGGUUUUGCCACACACGGGGUGCAUAUGGAUCAACGUCUACUCAAGCUUGACUCUUCCCUCUCGGAUGACGGUAAGGUUCUAACCGUCACGGGACCGCCCACAGCCAGACUAUAUCCACCCGGACCGGCUUACCUCUACGUUGUCACAGACGAAGGAGUACCGAGUUUUGGACACAAGACUAUUAUCGGGACUGGAGACUCACCGCCGGUGGAUAGUGAUGCUGCGGCCAAUAUGCUAAGGGCCUCUGUUGCGUCAUUCGUAGCCCCUCCGCCGCCACCCACUGAAGGUGAAGGUAGCAAUGUCGCCACUGUUGUAAUUCCUGUGUCAAGCUCUUGAUUGGUCUAAAGAUACCUGCCCGAAUUGCGUGUACAGACCCAGAUCUAUCUACGCAUUAGUCAAUGUGGCAUUUAUACUUCUCUUUGCUUAUCGUCCCGGAAAUGAAGUUAACUCUAUUCAUCUUUUCUAUUCAAUGUAUCAGCUGCACUUCAUGUCCGUCCUUUCUGCACAUGAUACUAUCAAGAACGUGACAUCCAUCUUUGAUCGCAUGAUACAGCACACCACCCUUCGAACUGGAGAACGCCAGGUUAGCUUCUCGGUCCGUUGGACCUGUGAUCUUCAUCGUUUUUGGAAUUCCAAAGUGACGUAUGUUGUACAAAUUCGGAGAUAAUGGAGUUUGCAUUG